GCACGGACUACACAUUUGUGCCGUCCACUGCUCAGCAGGUGCAGAGGUGGAUGGCAGACGAGGGCAUACGGAACACGAGAGCGCCCGCGGGUGGUCAGAGACAGCGGAUGGACGACGUAGAGAGGGAUGACAUUCAGGACGCCGUCGAUGAGGAGGAGGGCCACGAGGGUGGGGCCAGGGAGGAGGCGGUUGCACACGAGGCAGACGAGGCAGUCGGAAAGCCUAACCUGCCAGGGGAGGAGGUGGUGAUGACGUCGAGAGGCGUCGGUGGAGCGGGUCCUGCUACUAGGGCGCCGCGAGCUGAGGUGGACCGCGCGAGGAGGGAGAAGAGGACAGUGGGGCAGGCUGGCGUCGAGGUGCCAGACACGGGCAGGGAGAAGAGGGCUCGGCAGACCACGAUUGACAAGAUGUACGCCAGGGAGAAGUUGGUCGAGUUCACAAACACGUGGCUUCAGUGGAUCUACGUGAAGAAGUUGCCAUUGAACGCCUUCUGUGGUCCGGAGUUCCAAAGAGUGCAGCAGGCAGCAAAGAGAGUGCCUCGCUUUAUCCAGUUCCGGUUUCCCUCCUACAGGGUUACAGCGGGGGCCGGUAUCCCUUCGCAGAGGGAGAAGGUGGCGACGAUGGUGAGCGAGGUGCGCGCCACUUUCUGGCACAGCGGUGCCACUAUCCUUUCCGACGGGAGGAAGUCGUGCAGCGGCAAGCCGCUCGUGAACUUCCUCGCCGGGGGCGCCAAUGGCGCCCUGCUAUACGCCACCGUCGCACGUGAUGGGUCGGUCCGAGACACAGCGGACGUCGUGUACCGUAGAUGGUGGGCCAUCAUCUUGUCCUUUCCUGCAAAGGACGUGAUCGGCUUCUGCACAGACUCCGCCAGUAACUAUACGGCGGCAGCGUGCAGGUUCGCCACAGACCCCGAGCCUGACAUCAGGAGGAUCACUUGGCUCCCCUGCUCCACCCAUGUCUGCAACUUGAUGUUGUCAGAUAUCGGGACGCGAGUCGUGUGGGUCAAGGAGACCAUCAUCCUCGCUCGAGCGCUUGUGCGAUUUAUUAAAUCGCACGGCGCUGCUCACGCCCUGUUUAGGAAGGUGAGCCCUCGCGUUCAGCUCGUUGAGCCCGUUGAGACACGGUUUGCAUCGGUUUUCCUAAUACUGACGUGUCUCAAAGGCCGACGAGACACGUUGGAGAGCAUGUUGCACGGGGAUGCUUGGGCACGCAUCCCAUGGGAUCGCGCCCACGUAUCUCAGGCGCAGUGGGUGCAGCAGCAGAUCCGGGACGGGGAGUUUUGGCAGCGUGUCCAUUACGCCAUCCUAGUCAUGUCGCCCGUCCACCAGCUGUUGCGCAGGAUGGAUAGAGGUGGGAUGAUGAUGUCCGUCAUUUACGAGUGGAGUCAGCAUCUGCUGCAGUUGAUGAGGAGGGUCGACGUGCCGACGGACAUGAUCGAGCCGUGCGUGCGUGAGGUUGCCAUCUGCAACCUCCACAUGCUAGAGCCCGCACAUAUCGCGGCCUACCUCCUCAACCCUCGUCGACGGUCCCUCACGUAUUACCAUUCGCUACAGACGACCGCCGACGACCGUCUUGUGGUCGAGGAGUGCGACAGAUUUCUCCUGGCGCAGACCAGCGGCAAUCCGGUCGGGUUAUUGUACAGAACCGUGAGGGACCAGAUGAGGGUGUUCCACUCGAGGCGAGGGGAUUGGGGAGAUCGUGACCUCUCCGAUGUCGACGCGGCAGAUUGCAGGGGGGACAGCGAGACUGAGCGAUGUGCAGUGUGGUGGUUUGAGCAUGGACGUGCCCACCCGGAGUUGCGCACCAUCGCCAUCCGUGUCAUGCACUUCGGUCGAGGGGGGACGGCGGCAGAGGAGGAGGAUGAGGAGGGAGAUGUGGAGCCUGAGGUGUGGGGAGCGCGACCUGAUGGCAGUGUUCUCGAGCAGGAGAUCCAGCGGCAGAUUGUCGCUUUCCGUGACAGUCGACCGUCCAGAGCCCGUUCAGUUCGGGACGUGUUCGGCAAUAGAGCGACGGAGCUGCGACCGUGGCUGGAGGGUGGGGAUGAUGUGGACGCUGCUGCGGCAGACGACGACAUCGACGACGACUGGACUGACGAUGAUAACACGCCGCUGAGUCGCGACCCGACGGCUGAGCGAGUGUACUUCACUUACGGUGGGGGUUGUGACGGUACGGAUUCAUUCACAUCAGUUAUCACUGGUGAUGUGUCAUCGACCGCGCCGGCGAGUGGCAGCAGCGGAGCCGACGUUGGUCGUGGAGGACGUUCGCAUACGGAGGUUCGCGUGGACGACUCGGGGGAGCAGCAGCCACGGGGAGGUCUUUGGCAGACAGGAAGGCGUUGGGAGGUUAGGAGCGACAGCGAGGCGGAGGGGGAGGCCGAGGAUGAGGAGGUGCCCCUUUGCGAUCGUCGCUUCUCUCCCUCCCAUUAUCCGAUCUCUGCACAGCCCGAGGGGGAGCCACUUAGGCGUUCGGAGAGGUUGGCGUCGGCAGCAGGCAGAGACUGGACACAUGACGACGAGGAUCGUGGGGGGGAGAGGACUCCUUCCGACGCCGGUAUCCGCCCCCGCUCGUCGUUGGUGCUCCGCACACAGGACUUCAAGGACAUAGGGCUUGGUGGGAGCUUGGGAGAUUUUAGUGUCGAGGGACGUCGACGUGCCUCACCGCAGGAUGUGCGCACAGACAUGGACGUUGGGCGGGGCCUUGUUGAGACUGAGGAGGAGAGGGAUGCCCGUUUGGACCGAGAGGAGGAGGAGCGGCUGAGGAGUUUGCCACAGUGGGAGGGUCAGUUCGCGUAUCUCGACGAGCAGCGUCGGCAGAGGGACUUAGAGACAGGAGGGGAGGGGAGCCGUGACGUCGACGACUCGGGUGUCCCUGAGGAGGCGGUUCAGUGGGAGUUCGAUUCUGAGGGGCAGGAUGUCGCCGCGGGUAUCCCUGAGGGGCAGGAUGUUGUCAUGCGCGGUGGGUCCCCUAGUGGGGGCCGUGGCGACAGCAAGACCGCGGGUGAUGAGGGACAGGGUGCCGCAGUGUGCGGCAGAGGAGAGGGUGGACCCGGUGGAGAUGGGGAUACCGCGGGUGUCGGUGGAGACGAUGGACCGGACGGCGACGAUGAUGACGACCACGGUCCAGAGGACGAUCCGUAUAGGCUCGCCUUGGUGUUGAGGGACCCCACGGUGCCUCCCUUGCGCCCUGACGACACAGCGCACACUUUCUUCGACGCCGACGCUUUGGCGCAUGCGUUGACGGAUGACCCUUUCGCACACGUGAGCCGCAAGGGCGGCAAGCAGCGGGCCCCUGGGAGGGUAUAUUCACCGCCGCCGUUCACAGUGCAGAGCCCUCACUGGUCGGGUUCGUCGCUCAGCGGCGUUAGAGGGAGGGAGUCCGGUGUGGGUGACGUGGGGUCCGGCAGACGCAGCGACGACGGCAGAGAUAGUGCAGGAUCGAUGCCUCCACUGCCCGCACGGACUCCAGAGGCCAGGGUCGACACCGGGGACCGGACGGUGGCACCCGAAGUUGCACACAGUGGCGGUUCCCCGCCGCCAGUCCGAGGAGGUGUGGGUGGCGGAUGGUCAGCUGUUCGUCGGGUCGGGGACCGGUUGUGGGCGGAUUACGAAGCCGGGAGGGGCGUCUUCACGGGACGUUCGCCUGUUCAGACGCAGGCUGCGGAGGGUGGGUCCGGGCGUCCGAGCCUGCAGAUGGCAGGCCGCAUGCUGGGUUUAUCACGAGCGGAGACGAGGAGGACAUUGGUCCUCGAGGCCGCAGGGACAUCCACGGAUAGGCUGCAGGGAGAGCAGUUCACAUCGGGCGAGGAGGGGUUGUUGAUGCGUCCCGGGACGAGAAGACAGCAUGGCCUCUCGGAGGUUGAGGCUCGACUCGCUGCAGAGGUCGCCGCUGGGCAGGCGGCAUUGGACGCGAUUCAGAGUGAGAGAGAGAGGGGGAUUACUGCACAGGCGGAGGAGGACGAGGACACAGACACUGAGUCCAAGCCGAUCGAGACUGCGGCCCGCAGACACAGGGCACAGGUGGCCGCGGCGGCCACUGCAGCACAUGCGGCAUACGUCAGUGGGGCACGGGGCACAGGUGCCGGAGGGAGAGGAGGGCGCCGGGGAGGAUCGCAUGACCGCCAGUCCUCCGGGAGAGGCCGCGCGCACUCUGCGAUUCGACAAGUUCAUCAUCCGCGGCUCAAUCCUGAUCUUCGACGACUUGCGCAGUUCUUCUGUACCCAGGGAGUGUACGCGGCGGCUGAGUUUCGUUUUGCAGGAAAUCCCCGGGCGGUACUUUUAGCAGAGGCGAUAGGAGUUCAUCGACGAUCGGCUCCGGGAAUCAUCCACGUGUCUAAGGUGGUCGCCUUCAGUGGUGACAUCAGCACCAUUAGCCCGCUGCGGCAUAUAGCUAUCAAGACGACGCUCCGGCUGUGGGCACAGCAGUUGGCGGCGGAGUGGAAUAAUUGGCUCACGCCCCACGGAGACAACCUUUCUCCCACAAAUGGUGUCGAUUUCGACGGGAUCCGAACUUUCCAGCACGAGCCAGCGGUGGUGCUCCCGGAACUCUGGAGACGUUGGCGAGAGCACUUCGUUGAGCUAUUGGUGUGUCUGGUCGGAGUAAGGGUCACGUGGACGCAACACGGAGAUCACCGCCAGUGGGCCGAGUACCUCGAGCUGCUUAUCAUCCAGGCGUGGCGAACGGAAGUGGAAGGCGAUCUUCUCGGAUUCCUCUUCGGAUCGGUGCGGCCCAACCACCGCCAACCGAUCGUACACGAGUUAACGGUCCCCCUUGCACAGCUGGUCGACGAUCUCCCUCUUGAGAUCGUCUCGCAGAGCGACGACAGCCUGGUCCUGCACGUUCUUACGCGGACCUUGGCGCCAUAUCUUCAGUGGUCGGCGUGCUUGGAGGAACCAGGGAGCCGCCGCAACCCGCCAUCACAGCGCGAUUACCUGGACCCGCACGAGAUAGUCGAUCUCGCCUUCUUCCAAGAUCGGACGGCUUCCAAGAACGAGGAGGUAGAGAUUGAAGCGGAAGAAGAAAGCGCAGAAGACGAAGAAGAAGUCGAGGAAGAGGCCGACGACGAAGAAACCCCCGAGGAAGGAAGGUACAGUGAGCACAGCGAAGGGGAGCAAAGUGAAGCGGAGGAGGAAGAAGACCAAGACGACGACGAAGAAGAAGAAGAUCGGGAGGAGUUAGAAGAGUCGGAGUACGAAGGAUUCGAGGAGGAAGUGCGCGACGAGGCUCGGGCGCAGGCCAAGGCACAAAAGAGGGAAGAGAUCGCGGCCGGGAAGCGACAGUUGGAAUUCGCUUGCGCAGCCGGUCAGCCGCGCACCGACGAUCCUGCCCGAGAUCCGGAGCCACCCAAGCCCGAGGAUGGAAAGACAGCUGCCGAGACUUCGACCGCAUCAGCGAGACGGCGACGAAGCCGAUCCCCCUCCCCCUCCGCCUCCGACCGCCCACCAACUCGUCCACGUACCGAUGCGGGGCAUCGGGCUUCGUCCCCGGUUGUUAUCCCGCCAUCCCCUUGACCAACUCUCCUUCCGCCAGAUCUCUACUCGUGUCACCUUCCCCGCCAACCUCUUCCCUAUCGAUACCUUCGCUUUUUCUACACC